UGCUCUCUUUUCUGUCGUUUUCCUUUCCCUCUUGAUAGCCUCGUUGUGUCGAUGGCCUCCCGUCUGAUGAUAGCCGCCGAUGAUAGCUUGUCGCCCCCUCACGGCGUCAUCCGCCGCACAGCUCUGCCGGGCGACAACCCGUUUGAGACCCCGCCGCCCCGCCGGUUCUUCUACACCGAGGAGGAGCUGGAUCGCAUGUGCUGGGCGCCCAGGCCGCGGCGACGGGUGAGCUCAACACACGGAAUGCACCGGAAUGCAUCUGCACACACAUGUCGGGUGUGUAUGGCGCGGAUGCAUCCGCAUGGGCGUGGAGGGAGUGGGAAUGCAUCAGAUAGGCACCAGACUGACGUGUCUCUGCGCGGUGCUGUGCCGUGUUGCGCGUGAUGCGUGUGUGCAGGUGCAGCGUACUCGCCUGGCCCGCAACAACGCGCCCGUCCCGUUUGCGGCGUUCAACUUGGUGCCCGCCGACGCGAGCGUGGCAGGUUCGCACGUGGUGGUGCCGGAGCCCUCUCCCGAGCCAUCGCCUCGCAACUCGCCCCCUCCCAAGGCCAGGGAGCGCCCCCGGCGGUCCGCCCGAAUCAUCGAACGCAAGAACUCCAAUGUCGCUGCUGCUGUGCAGGUGGGAGGCGGUGGGGAUGGAUGGAGGGAUGGAUGGGGCGAUCUCUCUCUGUGUGAUGUGUGAUGUGUGGUGUGUGUGGUGUGUGUGGUGUGUGGUGUGUGGUGUGUCAGAGUGUUGCUGGUAUGGUUGUGGAUUCGCCCGUCGUUGCCGAGGCCGCUGCUGCUGCUGUGGCUGUGGCGAAGGCGUCGCCCAAGACCGGCGGCGGCCAGAAGCGCGCCCGUGACGACAGCCACGGAGGCAACAAGCACAACCCCCGCGGCUCCAUCGCACAGCAGCCCACCAGGCUGCCCUCGCCCAGCGGCAAGAAACUCAAGCGCACCACGGGCAGCCCCCAGCAGGCUGCCUGAACACACACACACUGAUACGAGAUGCACACUCCAUCCACACACUCGAUAGGGAUGGACGGCAUCUGGGAUGCGGUUGGACAGGCAGAAAGAUCGAUAACGACUCGUUAGACAGGCAGCGGCAUCAUCUCGGUAGUAUUCCUGACUCCCUGCGCAGAGAAACACACACCUGUUAACAUCCAUCAUCUUCAUGCGCGUGGUUGUGGGUGUGGUUCCUUUCAUUUCCAUGGGAUGGUUGGAUGGAUGGAUGGAUGGGGAGAGGGAGAGGGCGGAAGACAAGAUAGACCAGGAAAGACGGCGGACGGAUUGCUAACACCACACCACACCCCACCACACCACACCGCACCGCGUCUGUUUAUCCGCUCUCCUCUCCUCGCUCCCCCAUGUCGGUUGUUCACCCCCUCCCCCCCUCCAUCCCCCCUGACACGCCCACCACACAUCACAUCACAUUACACACAUUUGCCUGCCUACAUGGUGUGUUUGCUGUCGUGGCAUGCGUCUGCUCGUCGAGUCUACCUCCCUCUCUCUACCGGCUGUGUGUGUGUGUGCGGCUAUGCUGUGGUGAAUGUCGUGGAUGGUGCGGAUUGCCUUGCGUACGGCUGGCUGGCUGCUGCUGGAUAUGUGGUGCGCGUGUGCGGUUGUGGGCCCCCCACUAGGGCUGCCUGCCUGUCUGUCUGUCCUCUUUCCGAAGCCUGAGGCCAGGGGGUGGAGGAGAGUAAGCAGAGGGACGGACAGAGCAGAGCAGGACAGCAGAAAGAUGAUGGGAUGGGAUGGGAUGGGCGAUGCACACGUAGCUGCCUGCCUGCCUGCAUGGAUGGAUGGAUGUGAGUGCGGACCGACUGCGUUCAUGGAUAUGGUGUGCUGUGGUGUGAUGUGUCAUGGUGCGGAUGGCUGUCUGUCUGUCUGUUCCAUGGGUUGUGUUGGGUCGGGA